AUGGGUGGGUGGGUGCGCGAGUUUGUGCGGCACACUGACGCCACGUACAGCCUGGGCUGCAGCUUCCUGACCCACCCGGACUUCAACGCCGGGCUCAAGGGAUACCUGGACGGCACUGGGGUGCUGGCGAUUGUGCUGGGCACACGCAGGGGCGACCCCAAUGCAGAGGGGCAGGAAUACUUCUGCCCCAGCAGCGAGGGCUGGCCGCCCUUCAUGCGCAUAAACCCGGUGCUGGACUGGACAUACCACGACGUGUGGACGUUCUUGCGCGCCGCAAAGGUGCCUUACUGUGACCUCUACAACCGCGGCUAUACCUCAUUGGGCGGCGUACACAACACCCUGCCGAACAGCGCCCUGAAGAAGGCGGACGGCAGCUUCGCGCCCGCCCACAUGCUGGCGGACGGCCGGCUGGAGCGAUCUGGGCGCGCGACCAAAAACCGGCGCCCCGACUCGCUGCCUGCCACGCCCGCGGACGUGGCGCCCUGCAUCACUCUGAGCGCGGGCAUCGUGGUUAUUGGGGACGAGAUCAUAUCCGGCAAGGUGACCGACUCCAACACGCCCUUCUUGUGCAGGGAGCUCCGCGCUAUUGGCUGGAGCGUGGCCAAAGUGGUCAUGGUGCCUGAUGAGGUGGCCGCCAUCGCCCAGGAGGUGGCCGCCCUGUCCAGCGAGGUGGACGUCGUGCUGACGUCAGGCGGCGUGGGCCCCACCCUCGAUGACGUCACCAUGGAGGCCGUCGCGCAGGCGUUCGGCACCAACCUCAUCCGGUGGGUGCACAAAACCAGCGAUCGUGGCGCUCCCCGCGCAACACACCCCAACACAUUCCGCCUCUGA